GAGCAGAUGAAGGCCAAGCGCAAGGAGGAGCAGAUGAAGGCCAAGCGCAAGGAGGAGCAGAUGAAGGCCAAGCGCAAGGAGGCCGAGCUGCGCCAGGUGCAGUCCCAGGCCCACGGGCUCCAAAUGCGCCUCAAAUACUCCCAGAGCGACCUGGAACAGACCAAGACGCGGCACCUGGCACUCAACCUGCAGGAGAAGUCCAAGCUGGAGAGCGAAUUGGCCAAUUUUGGGCCGCGCAUCAACGACAUCAAACGAAUCAUCCAGGGCCGGGAGCGCGAGAUGAAGGAGCUGAAGGAGAAAAUGAACCAGGUGGAGGACGAGGUGUUUGAGGAGUUCUGCCGCGAGAUCGGGGUCAGGAACAUCCGAGAGUUCGAGGAGGAGAAGGUCAAGAGGCAGAACGAGAUCGCCAAGAAAAGGCUGGAGUUCGAGAACCAGAAGACGCGCUUGGGCAUCCAGCUGGACUUCGAGCGCAACCAACUGCGGGAGGACCAGGAGAAGGUGCUGAUGUGGGAGCAGGGCGUGCGCAAGGACGAGGCCGAGAUCGAGAAGCUCAAGAAGGAGGAGCAGCGGCACAUGAAGAUCAUCGACGAGACCAUGGCGCAGCUGCAGGACCUCAAGAACCAACACCUGGCCAAGAAGUCGGAGGUGAACGACAAAAACCACGAGAUGGACGAGAUCCGCAAGAAGCUGGGCGGGGCCAACAAGGAGAUGACCCACCUGCAGAAGGAGGUGACGGCCAUCGAGACCAAGCUGGAGCAGAAGCGCAGCGACCGCCACAACCUCCUGCAGGCCUGCAAGAUGCAGGACAUCCGCCUGCCGCUGGCCAGGGGCUCCAUGGACGACAUCAGCCAGGAGGAGGGUGGUGGCACGGGCGAGGACGCCGGGGGCAGCUCCCAGCGCAGCUCCAGCCUCUACGCGCGCGAGGCUCUGAUCGAGAUCGACUACAGCGACCUGCCCGAGGAGCUCAAGGAUGCCCAGGCCGAGGAGGAGAUCCGGCAGGAGAUGGCCGCCCUGCAGCAGCGGCUGACGGAGCAGCAGAGCGUCCUGCAGCGCAUCGCCGCCCCCAACAUGAAGGCCAUGGAGAAACUGGAGAGCGUCAGGGACAAGUUCCAGGAGACCUCGGAUGAGUUCGAGGCCGCCCGCAAGCGCGCCAAGAAGGCCAAGCAGGCGUUUGAGCAGAUGAAGAAGGAGCGAUUCGACCGCUUCAACUCCUGCUUCGAGGCCGUGGCCACCAACAUCGACGAGAUCUACAAAGCGCUGUCACGCAACAGCAGCGCGCAGGCAUUUUUAGGCCCCGAGAACCCCGAGGAGCCGUACCUGGAUAUCAAUGACAAU